AUGAGCACGACGCCACCGCCCGCACCGGGGUACAGCAGUCUGAAACGCAGCGCAUCGGUCUCGAGCGUCGCGUCCGACGACGAUCGAUACGACCUCAGCUUCAAAUACGUCACCGACGCCGACGGCAACGUCGUCCGCGUCUCCUUGGGUCGCAGCAACACGCCCUUGACGCCGCCUGAAGUCCCACGCGCCGCCACGCCCGAAGACAGCCCCAGCCCGAGCCCGCCCUUCCAGCCACGGCGCCAAUCACUCGGCCGCUCAGAGUCGCUGCCGGGACCGGACCUCAAGCCCAGCACGAGCACGACGCCGGCAAAUCCCGCGCGCUCGUUCGCCAGGACGACGUCCGGCCCGAUUCCGACUGUCACGCCCGGCGCGCGGCUGGUGUCGAGCUUGGCCACCGGCCUCCCGCGCCGGCCGUCCGCGAGCGAAGACUACCGCCGGCACGAGCUCGAGCGGUUGCAGACGCAUGUGCCUGCCGAUCCUAUACAUGAAGAGAAGGAGAAUAUGGACGACAAUAACGAGCACCAGGGUACCACUGGUGUUGGCAGUCUCAAGCGCCGCACGCUCCCGCCACGCUCGGCACCACCCAUGAGCUCCGAAUCACAUUUGUAUUCGCGCAGUCUGGGUGGGGGCGCUAAACCGGCCAACGCGCUCGUGGCGCAGCAGCAACGCGAACGCGAGCGGGCGUCUAGACAGACGAAUCCAAUGCCGGUGCGCGUGGCGAGGCGGGUGGCGCCGGUGGUGCGGGAUCAGGCGGCAAUCGAGGCGCGGGAGAGGGAGCGCGAGAGGGCGGCCGAGAGGGAAAGGGAGCGCGAGAGGACCAGCAACGAAUAUCCGGAGAAUGAUGUGCCGGAUAUUGGCGCGCUCAGUCUCGCAGAGCGCCCGCAAGCUGGGACGCGUUAUAGGCGCUCAGCCAGUGUCAGCGAGGGACCUUCGCCUGAGCCACCCAGGUAUCGAUCUAACGAGCCUAUUCGACCCGGAUCGAGCGCCAGUAAUCGAGUGGCAAGAGCUGCACUGGAGAGCAGGUACAGGAGGGAACUGGCCGCAGCAGAAGAUACAGCCUCCGAAUCUGAGCGAGAGCGCGAACGCGAACGCUAUCAAGAACGCGAACCUUCGCCAUCACUGCGGGAUAGGCGCUCUGGCUCUGACGAAUUCAGACCUUCGCAUGCCCGUCGCGGUUCGGAUACUGUCAGGCAUCUCAAUGGCAGCGUCGUUGGUAGCGCACCGGCCAUCCGUGUAUCUGCGUCUUCUUCGUCCUCUCUGCGUACACAUAUCCCUUCGCCGCCACCGCCAAGCCCACCGCCACGCUUCCCAAGCCCACCACCGUUAGACUCGCCUACAGCGGGUGUGGCGUUACCGCCUCGGCUAUCGCCGGGCGCUUCCUCUCUCGCCAAUGGCAGGCACAGGCGUAGUCCCACUGCUCCUGAGCCUUCCACCGGUAGUACCACGCUCGCGCCGUCUGAAUCUGGUCCUCCGCCUGCGCAGACAUGGGCCGGCAACGAGAAGGUGGAAUGGCCCUCUGCUCCAGUUCCCGUUCAGCCAGCUCCUGUAUCCGCGCCUAUGCCCGCAGCUGCGCCGCCUCCUCGACCGGCCACUGCCGUACCUGCCGCCGCUCGUCCAGCUCCACUGGCACCUCAGAUGAUGCACCAGAGCCAACGCAACGCGAACAUCAUCGUAAACAACAAAGCCUACGCCAGACUCAACCUCCUCGGCAAGGGCGGUUCCUCACGCGUCUUCCGCGCUUUGACGGCCAACAACGAAAUCCUCGCUAUCAAACGUGUUGCGCUAGACCAAGCCGACCCCGAGACGAUCGCGGGAUACAUGAACGAGAUCCGUCUCUUGCAACGUUUAGAGGGGCAUAAACGCAUCAUCCGGUUGUACGACUCGGAGGUCGUUCAAGGUCCCAAGUCGUACUUGAAUAUGGUCCUGGAAUGUGGAGAGGUCGACCUCGCAAAGCUAUUGACGGAGGCAGCCGGCAAACCGCUGAACAUGAUCAAAGUCGCGGAUUACUGGCAACAGAUGCUCGAAGCCGUACACGUCGUCCACGAGCAGAAGAUCGUGCACUCCGACUUGAAACCCGCGAACUUCGUACUCGUCCGCGGCCAGCUCAAGCUCAUCGAUUUCGGCAUCGCCAACGCCAUCGCGGCCGAUACUACCAACAUCCAGCGCGACCACCAGAUCGGCACGGUCAACUACAUGUCGCCCGAGGCUAUCGAAGUUCCGGACGGGAUGCGAAGGCUCAAAGUCGGACGGCCGAGCGAUAUCUGGAGUCUGGGUUGUAUCCUGUACCAGAUGAUAUACGGCCUCCCGCCCUUCCACCGUUUCGCCAAGCCGCUCGUCAAGAUGAAAGCUAUCCCGGACCCGAAAAUCGAGAUCGACUUUGCCACACAUUCCGUGCCCAUCGAGCGCCGCCAGGACGGCUCCGUCGUGCGCCUCGAGCACCUCGCGCGCAAAGUCCGGUCAGACGUUAUAGUCUGCAUGCAGUCCUGCCUGAACCGCACGCCGAAAGAACGCGCGACGAUUCCGGAGCUAUUGGAGCAGGGGUGGUUGACGUUCGCUGAGCCCGAGGCGAGGGUGAUCGAGAUUGAGAAGCCUGCGCCGAGGCUGAGGGAUAUGUUGGCGGAGGACGAGACGGUUAUUAAUCCGUAUUAUAUGGAGCAGCUUAUGGAUUAUGUGUUGAAGCUGGGGUCGAGGUAUGGGCCGGAUAUGGAUAGGGCGCAGAUGCAGCGCGAAGGGCUGCGUCUGAUUCAGGAGUUGAAGGAUGUACAUGCGCAGGAGGAGGAGAGGAGGAUCGAGCUCGCGCAGCAGGCCGCCGCUCAGGCUGCUGAAGAGCAGCAGCAGUGA